AUUAUUUUCCACCCCCAUUGUCUUUCCUCUCCCCUCCGGUCGACGAACUCUCCCGACCGGCCAAGUCCCGCGCCAUCACCGUCUUGGGCCUCCUCAAUUCCAAUACUGAAAUCCCACGAUGAUGGCCCUUCUUCUCAAAGGACUAAAGAGGAGAAGAAGCAAGGAAGUAAAAAAGAGGUCUGCAAAAUCCAAGGGGAAAAAUCACCCACCAAAUUGGAUUCUCCAGCAACCAAAAUUCUCGAGGAAGAAGCCAGCGAUCCAAUCCUCGAAGAAAAAUCGAUAUCGGAAUGUAAAAAUGGUGAAGAAGAGGUUAUAGCAGCACCUGCUGGACUACCAGCAACGGAUGAAUAGGGCAGCCGAGCAGCAAAAUGGUGAGGAAGCAGAUGCUGAUGACGCGGAUGCAGUGGUGAAGCCGCCGAGUGAGCAGGUGGAAGAGAAAUCCAGUGAUGAUGAUCCAUCUCCCACCGCUUUGAUCCCGAACUUCACGUACUACGAGUCAGCUCCUAUAGUGGAGGAGUUGAACAAGAUAUUUGGUCAUUUUGGGACGCUGCAGGAAUCCGAGACGCAGAUCCUGAAGAAGAGCAGCCGGGCCAGGGUAGUAUUUUGUAAGAGGGAUGAUGCAGAGACAACAUUCAGCAACGCGGGGAAGUACAUCACUUUCGGGCCUUCCCUCGUAAGUUACCAUCUCAAAUACUGUUCUUCCCCGAAGAAACGGCCUACAAGCAGCGGGCAGAAGAGCAGCAGUUCCGGAAAGAAGUAGAAGAAGCGUCUGCGUUGAAGGAGAGUUUUGGUGAGUUUUGAUAAUAAUGUACAAAGAGUUUUACGUGUACGUGUAGGAUGUGACAGACCUGUAGGCCUCCUCGAAUGCUCACAGGACGAAGACGGUGAUGGCCCGGGGCUUGGCCGGCUGGGAGAGGUCGUAGACCGGAGGGGAGAGGAACGGCCACGGGCUGUUGAAAAUAAUUAAAAGGAAUUAGAUUUUUUUUGUUUUUAUAAUAAUUAGGUGGAAAAUAAAAAAUAAUUAAAUUAAAUUAUUUUAUUAAUUUUUUAAAUUUCACGUCACUCAUUUAACGGUCAACUAUAAGAGUUGACCGCCAUAUCAGCAAAAGUUAAUGGAGACUGACGGCCAGUGACCAAACUUGAACUGUUAAACUAAUUUAAGUGACUACGGAUAGAAUAAAUUAAUUUUAGUGAC